AUGAUGGCAGCGGAACGACUCCCGGCCGACUACGGCGCACAUAGCAGUGCCAGUGCCGGUGAUCACCACCUCGGCGCAUCGAGUACUGGCAGCUUGGAAAGCAGCAGACCUCGGCACCAGAUCGACGACCGCAAGCUGUCCUUUGAAGAGCCUGCAGGCCACCUCGAUCUCGACGACGCCGACCGCCAUUCUAGCACAACCACAUCGGUUACAUCACAGCCCCAGCUGCAGCUACUACCACAGACCACGACUCGUCACGACCGUACCAUUUCCUCGGAACCCGACUGCAAGGCUGCCCAAUGCCACAAUGGGGGCCUAGAUCCUUCUGACCAAACAGAACCUGAAGCGGAAGCCUUGCAGACAUCCAAUCUGGCCACUGCACGUAUAGCAACUGUGGCGGCACCGCCCUUGGCACCGUCGACGCCAACGGCUUCCCCUCGCCGCCAACAGCAGCUCUCCUCCUCGUCCAUCCUUUCUGCAUCCUCGACAUCCACCCACAACGACUAUCCCACAUCGUCCGAUUUCGUCGUCGUCCUGCGUGACGCCAAACAGCAGGUUUCUGGCAACGAUCCUUCUGUGCGGCCGGACCAACCGCUGUACUUUUCUGUUCAGUCUCCAGGCGCAGACCGGUCUUCAUCCCGCGACUACUUUGACGCCCCAGGCCGGUCGGACCGGACUCCGACGUUGCCCGCGGCACCAGCAUCUGGGGCAUCCGGCGACCGGCCACCGAUUGCGAUUCCGAUCUCGAAGCAACCCGGUUCAGCACUCCGUUCGCGUGCGACACACUCCUCUACAGAUGACACCGAUACUGACUCGCGAAACGCAUUGGCCGCCUUGACGACAAAGCGACGCACGAAUAGCCGGCGGGAAUCGGGUGACAAGUCGGACGGCAGCGCCGAUACAGCGGUGGCUGCCGAGGACGGCGACGACUCGGGCGAAGAAAAGAUAUCGGCGUUGUUUGUUCCCCAUCAGAGCGUCGAAGAGGGCGCAGAGACGCCGCCACUGGGAAGCACACCGAAUGGAGCGAUCGCCGCUCCCGCGUCCUCGGUCGGGGCUCUGCAGCCAAACCGAGAAACCUUCAGCACAUGGCGGAGUGAGAGCACGACGACUGAGCACGACGUGACUCACCCGACACCCGCCCCUUCUUCGAACCUGUCUCCCGAUUUUAGCAACAAGAUCCGCCGGCAAAUGUCUCACAGCGACCAUCAGUAUGCCGCGCGAAUUGCAUCCCACCCGGUUACACCUAGCGAGGAGCCCGAGCCGGUUGUGUCUGACAGCGCCGACACGGCGGUGGAGUUGCCGUCGCGACCCAUGUCGCAGUACUUUGAGGAGCCUGACGUUGAUACUCAGCCCGAGCCUAACCAGCCGCGAGACGCUAUCGAGCUGAUCCCGUACAAACACCAAGUCGGCGGCCAUACCACUUUGUGGCGCUUUUCCAAGCGGGCCGUGUGCAAGCAACUGACCAACCGAGAAAAUGAGUUUUACGAGCGGAUUGAGCGGUACCACAGAGACCUGCUCCCUUUCCUGCCCAGGUAUAUUGGUGUUUUGAAUGUGACCUUCCACAAGAAGCCUCGGCGCAAGUCGACAAUUAAGAAGGACGAUGUGGCUGCCGCUGAACUGAAACAAAUUGGCCAAGGCGAGCUCAGCGCUGUUGCCAAGGACAAUAACACAGAGUCGUCCUCGACCGCUCGCGACGAUGCAGCUGUAGCAACCUCUGCCGCUCCGACGACCACCAGAAUCAUCAGUCAAUCCAUCCAGAACUCGCAGACACAGGUACCGACAGUCACUUUCAUUGAUAAUCAGCACAUCCUUCCUCGCCAUCUUCUACAGCCAAACGGCGCGUCUUCGAGCAACACGCCGCGGGGCUCCCAAUCUGCUACCACAACCGCCGAAAACAACCUGCUUAGAGAGCACCUGCAAAGGGCAGUUGGCGGUGCUGAACAGCAGGACUUUAUACUGCCUGGGCCUCCUGCGCGUAGUACUGCUACCCGUCCUACCCUGGAAGGUCGUCACUUGAACAGCUGGGGUGCCACGCUGGUGAAUAAGCGCUUGCGCAACGAGGUCUUUACCGAUGCAUUUCUCAAGCAGCCGGUGGAUGUUCAAAAGUACCAAAAGGGCAAGACGGCGCGCGCAGUUCCGCGGAAGAUCCUUCAGCAGCACGUCCUGCGCCCGUCCAAUUCCGAGUCAACCUUGGUUACCGAACGCGAGCGCCGUGCCAGCGCCGAUGCUGCCCAGAAGAACCAGUUCGCCAGCCCUUUCAAGAACGACACUGUGCCCACUGCGUCUAUGAUGCUCACGCAGAGCGACAUGGGGCCCGUGGUAAAGAGUCUGAAUGACGAGGCUGUUGUCGAUGACGCCGAAAGUCCAAAGGAUGUGACCGGUACUAGUGCGCCCGAGGCACAGAACUUUGUCGACCAGCUGCGGCCGUUGCACCGCAGACGUCGCUACUCUGGCACCGGCCUGCGGCGCAAGCCUAAGAAUGUGACUGACCCCCGUGGUGACCUCAAGUACUACGAAGGAGCUGAUGAGGCUGCAUACAAGGCCGACAUUGAUGACAUGACCACCGCGAAUACGACGACAAACACCAGCCGGUCGUCCUUUAACGCUCCGAUGGCCUUGGCUGCAUUUGAAGACCGCUUUGCCCGUCACGAGAUCGCAAACCAUCCCGCCGAAGCUGGCGACAAGACCGAGAAUCAUAGCACGAUUUCUGCCAUGGACAUUAAGAAGCCGCAGCAUAGCAAUCGCGGAUUCAGCAACCUGUCGCACCAGCUUGAGAUGGAUGCUCCAGCCGAGGCGACCCCUGUGCAAGACCCUGUGCCAUUCCUAGCCAACUCGACUGCUAUGACCUUGGCCGGCAGCCCGUCCGAGUUUAGGAAAAUCCCGCGGCCCAUCAACCCCAAAGAAGCAAAGACGCACUCCGGGUCUCGGCAGGAGUACUUCUUGCUCUUGGAAGAUCUUACGGCGGGCAUGAAACGACCAUGCAUCAUGGACCUCAAGAUGGGCACCCGGCAGUACGGUGUCGAAGCCAGCCCCAAGAAACAGCUCUCCCAGCAGCGCAAAUGCGCAAACACUACAUCGCGUGAGCUUGGUGUGCGCAUCUGUGGUAUGCAGGUGUGGAACGCGUCUUUGGAGAACUACAUCUACCACGACAAGUACUUUGGCCGCAACGUCAAGGCAGGCCAGGAGUUCAAGAGCGUCAUCCGGGAGUUUUUGUACGACGGCUCCGACCUCUCUAGCAUUUUGCGGCACAUCCCAACCAUGCUCGAGAAGCUCAGGCAGCUGGAGAAAAUCAUCCGUCGCCUCCGCGGCUACCGUUUCUACGCUGCGAGUCUUCUCGUCUUUUACGACGGCGACCAGAGCAACAGGGACGAUGGCAGCGGCGCGUUGACCGGCGGCGAGGAUACGGCCAUUGAAGACUCGACUACGGACUUCGCCACGGACAACGAAGACCUGUCCGUCCGCGACGAGAUUAUGCGUCGCCGCCGCCAGCGCCGUCGGGACAAGCGCGAGAUCGAUUUCAAGAUGGCCGACUUUGCCAACAGCGUGAUUGAGGCUGACGCUGUCAAGAAUCGACCGUGCCCGCCGCAGCACCCGUCGGACGUCGACCGUGGCUUUUUGCAUGGCCUGCGGUCUCUGCAGCGCUACUUGACGCAGAUUCAGCGCGACGUGCGGUCAGAGAUGGGUCUGGCCUGGCCGCUUCGUAACCUGGACCAACGUGACAUGGACUUGAACACCUGGGACGACUCUGGCGAUGUGAGCGAGUAA